GGGCGUGGCUGCGCACAGAGCCCGCGCUCCUCCGCCAUGGCUGCUGCACCCACCUCUGUGCACCUGCGACGUUGCGUGGUGUCCCCGGCCCGGAGACACAGUGCCUCGCUGAUCUUCCUGCACGGCUCAGGUCACUCUGGCGAAGGACAGAGACAGUGGAUCAAGCAGGUGCUAAACCAAGACUUGACAUUCCAGCACAUAAAGAUUAUUUAUCCAACGGCUCCCUCCAGACCAUAUACUCCUCUGAAGGGAGAGCUCUCCAAUGUGUGGUUUGACAGAUUUAAAAUAUCUAAUGACUGCCCAGAACACCUUGAAUCCAUCGAUAGAAUGUGUCAAGUGCUCACUGGAUUGAUUGAUGACGAAGUGAAAACAGGCAUCCAGAAGAGCAGGAUAUUAAUAGGCGGAUUUUCUAUGGGAGCCUGCAUGGCGAUGCAUUUAGCAUAUAGAAAUCACCCAGAUGUGGCGGGAGUAUUUGUUCUUUCUGGUUUUCUGAAUAAAGCAUCUGCUGUUUACCAGGAUCUUCAGCAAGGGGACCGCACGCUCCCUGAGCUCUUUCAGUGCCAUGGCACUGCAGAUGAACUAGUUCUUCAUGCCUGGGGUGAGGAGACAAACUCCAAACUGAAAUCUCUAGGAGUGAGCACAACAUUUUACAGUCUUCCAAAUGUUUACCAUGAGCUGAACAAAACUGAGCUGGAGAGUCUCAAGUCAUGGAUUCUCAUGAAGCUGCCAGAAGAGACAGAUGGGCAGAAUGAAUGACACCUGACCAGUAUAUUGAUUGUUCAUUGUCUUACAUUUAACAUUUUUCUUAUUUGAUCCUCACAAAAAUUAAUAUCAUUGAAACAGCCAGCAUCCCUAUAUUAUAGAAAUGAAAUUGCAUAUCUGUCUAUUUUCAUUCAGUCAACAAGAUUGUCUUGAAAGUCAUCAUGUAGUGAAUGCCAACUGUUUGUUUUGUCCCUGCACAGGUGCCAUUGAUUAGGCACACUAAAAUGUGCUUGUCCAUGCACCACAGAUUUGGGUGACUUCCUGUGUGAGGCUAUCAUAAAUAAGGCUGCUAUGAAGUAUGUAAACAUCCAUCCUAAGGAGGAGAGCUAUGUGACAAGUUGUAGCAUCACCUGAAAUAGCCCAGCUGUUUCUCAAUGUGGCUUUAGCAUCUUCCAUUCCAGUCAGCAGUGUUGUGGCCCCUGAUGCCCACUUCUGCACCAGACUUUCAUCUUGUCCAUUCCAGUGCAGUGUAGUGUUCAUGUAGCAUUUGAUUUCCACUUUCUCAGUGCCAAUGAUGUGAUACAGAAUCCUACACUAAAGGGUUUUCCAAAUUUGUGAAAAUGAGUUUGCCCUCUCCAAUCUGUUCACAGAUUAUCCUAUUUACUGCCAAGUUAUAAUGACAAAUAAAAUAUGGACAAAUAAU